AUGGAAUUUGAUUCAUUUGCUGAAUAUUAUGAAAAAUUAAAUGCCUACUAUGUAGGCAAACCCGGGAAAAAACCACCCACCAAAAAUGAGGUUCAAUUAAUAAUUGAAGAAAUAUUAGCGGCCAAAAUAAAAAUUGGUAAAAAAGAGAGGCGAGAUUAUUAUCUUAUCAAAACAUAUGAUGUCCUGUGCGUUACAGAUCAAAAGUUUUUGAUUUAUAAAAAAACUGAUGAAGAUGAAGACAUAAGGUACGUUGUACCAUACGAAGAGUUGUACGAUCGUAUUAAGGAUUUUCACAUUAAAACGGGACAUGGUGGAAUUGUUAAAUUACGUAUGUCAAUGGGUCAUAAAUACAAAAUUCCGAGACCAGCAAUAGAAAAGUUUUUGUCUGUAUGUGCAAUAUGUAAUUCCAAGCAAGGAGCAAAUCGGAAACUAGUUAUCAAACCAAUUGUAACUAAAGAUUUCAAUGAAAGAGGCCAAGUUGAUUUAGUCGAUUUCCAGUCAACACCUGAUGGUAAAUAUAAAUGGAUCAUGAAUUAUCAGGACCACAAUACAAAAUUUUUAUUAUUGCAUCCUCUUGAAAGCAAACGAGCUAUAGAAGUGGCAAACAAAUUACUCACUAUUUUUCUUACAUUUGGAGCCCCUAAAAUACUUCAGAGUGAUAAUGGACGAGAAUUUGUUAACUCCAUUAUUAAGGAAUUAAAGGAUCUGUGGCCACAAUGUACGAUAGUCCACGGCCGACCACGCCAUCCCCAAAGUCAGGGAAGUGUUGAAAGAAGUAAUCAAGACAUUGAGAAUAUGAUUCGUGCUUGGAUGAAGGAUAACCAAUCUAAAAAAUGGUCGGUUGGAUUACAAUUUGUACAGUUUCAAAAAAAUUCGUCUUUCCAUCGAAUAAUAGGACGAUCGCCGUAUAAAGCAUUAUUUGGAUGUGACCCGAAAAUUGGAUUGUCAUCAUCAAAUCUUCCAUCAGAAAUAAUAAAAAAACUAACCACUGAAGAACAUCUUGAAGAAAUUUUAAAUAAUAUUCAACCUGAACAUGAAAAAGAACAGAUUACAUCAUAUUGUAGUAUUUGCAAUACAGAAAUGUUAACUGAGGUCGAAUUUGCCGAAACUAUUAUUUGUGAUUUAUGUAAAACUAGUGAAAAAAUAAACAAACAACGUCAACUUGGAUAUCAAGGACAAGAAAAAGCAGCUGAAAUCAUGUUAAAGGUCAGCCAAACAAGGGUUCCUGAUUUACAAAUUGGUGAUUGCGUCUUAAUAACAGUACCUAAAGUAGAUCGAGGACCGUCAGAUCCUGCCAAUGUAAUUGCAGUUAUUGUCAAUCAGAACGAACAUAAACUGCACCAACUCGGAACUCAGUAUGGCUUAGUAAAAGGGUGGUACAAUUCAGCAAGUUUAAAACCCGCGACAUCUAGUUUUUUAAAAAUUACCGAAGUUAAUAAUGAUAAAGAACUUACAUUACGUGAAACCGUUUCUCAUAUUUCUGGGGGACAAGGUUUUUUAAGUUGCAUUUGUAAACGCCAAUGUGAAUCAAAACGUUGUGCUUGUUUUAAAGCUUCGGUAAAAUGCAACAGUCGUUGCCAUAGCUCUAGUAUUUGUAAAAAUAAGUAA